CGUCCAUUUUGCUACCAGCUGGAUUUUAUACACUUUACUUUGCCUAUAUGAUAAAAAUAUGACUGAAACGGGCACCCACAUUAUUUUAACAACUGGCCUGUCUGCUCUGCUGCUGCUUGCCGUGGUGGCUCUCCUCUGCUUCUUCAUGUGCAGGUUGGCUGGUCCGCUACCUCUGGGCGGACCGGGCACCUUCUGAAUGGGGCAGAUAAGCAACCUUACCAUUAUCUCAUCUUUAUCAUCGAAAACGAAAGAGUCAAGUCUAUCACUUCAAGGUGACAACAUGAAGUGUUCAUUGCUGCUCAUUGUCAUUUGCUGUAGUUUGUUAGCGUUGCCGUGUUCAGGUGAAGGAAGCUUUCCUGAGCAAGAAAAGGAUCCUAAUUUCUGGCUAUCCUGGGCCCAACGGACUCUGAACAACGCUCUAAAUCUGCAACACCUAAACCAAAACAUUGCCAAGAACCUCAUCUUGUUCCUCGGAGAUGGGAUGGGCGUCCCCACGGUGACGGCCGCUCGGAUAUUGAAGGGUCAGCUGAACGGACAGCCUGGCGAGGAGACCGUGAUGGAGAUGGACAAGUUUCCGUAUGUGGCUUUGUCCAAGACAUACAACACAGAUUCGCAGGUGGCUGACAGCGCUGGCACGGCCACAGCUUUCCUUUGCGGCGUCAAGGCCAAUGCUGGCACUGUGGGCGUGAGUGCCAACGCCGUCCGCGCCCAAUGCAAUACUACGUUCGGCAACGAGGUCACUUCUAUCCUCAGAUGGGCCAAGGAUGAAGGCAAGUCGGUGGGUAUCGUGACAACCACUCGCAUCAUGCACGCUACACCCAGCGCCGCCUAUGCCCACAGUGUGAACCGAGACUGGUACUCAGACAACGAAAUGCCGGCUGAGGCGCUGGAGGCCGGCUGCAAAGACAUCGCCAGGCAACUGUUUGAAAAUAUUCCAAAUAUUGACGUAAUGAUGGGUGGAGGUCGGAAGUACAUGUUUCCGAAAAACACGCCAGAUGUUGAAUACCCGGACAACGGGAGUCACAACGGCACACGCAACGACGGUCGGCACCUGGUGCAGGAGUGGCUCGACAAAACCCAGAGCAAAAAAGGCCAUUACGUGUGGAACAAGCGUCAGCUCUUAUCGCUCAACCCCCUCAAUGUUGAUUACUUACUAGGUCUCUUUGAACCGUCGGAUCUCAUGUUCGAAUUAGAGAGGGACAGAGAGACCGAGCCAUCACUCACGGAGAUGGUGGAGGUUGCCAUCAAGAUUUUGCGGAAGAACCCCAAUGGAUACUUCUUGCUUGUCGAAGGCGGUCGUAUUGAUCAUGGUCACCACGGUAGUUUGGCCCAGCUAGCUCUGCACGAUGCUGUGGAAAUGGACCGGGCCAUCGGUCGAGCGGACCUUAUGACCAGCGUCUAUGAUACCUUGACUGUCGUCACCGCCGACCAUUCGCACGUGUUUACCUUUGGAGGAUACACUUGGAGAGGAAACAGCAUUUUCGGCUUGGCCCCCGAAUUCAGCGAUGUAGACCAAAAGCCCUACACCGCCAUCACGUACGGCAAUGGCCCGGGUUACAGAUUGGUCGACGGCGCAAGGGAGAACAUCACAAAUGUUGACUAUGAAAGUGCCAUCUACCAGGCUCAGUCAGCUGUUCCGCUUAAGUCAGAGACACACGGUGGGGAGGAUGUGCCCGUGUUCGCCAAAGGCCCGCUGGCUCACCUUUUGCACGGCGUGCACGAGCAGAACUACAUCCCGCACGUCAUGGCUUACGCAGCCUGCAUCGGUAUCAACAAGGGCCACUGCCCGCAUGACGGUUCCAUUUUUGACAACGCCGAACGGCCCGUAUUGUCGAGCAUCAUUGCUCUGCUGGCUGUUGUGCGAUUUCUGUGUUGACAGCAAAGCGGAUUUGACUGCUUUUGCUCCUGUUCUUAAAGCCUCCUAAAUUGACCUUUACAAUAACACUUAUCUAUUUUCAAUUUACUCACAAAAUGAAUUUACUUAGAGUGAAAUCUGGGCCUACCUAGCUAAACAAAGCAAUUCUGUCAAAAAAAGCCACGCGAUUUACAGGUUAGUUUUACCUCCUGCCACACUUUGUAUGUGUAGUUAACUGUUGUGUCAUUAUAAAGCGUGUAGCCAACAUAGAAAAAAUAACAAAAGAAAAAUACUGGAUCUUGCAAAAGUGAGUAAACACCUCACAUUUUUUGCGAACAUGCUAUUCCUGUUCGUAGAACAACACCGACAUUUUCUAGUAUAGCGCACAGCUUGUAUACCACUGUAAAAUUACUGUCGCCUCAAAAUAGCUAAGCACAUAUACAUUCAUGUGUCACUGCAAGGAACCAAAGUUAUUAAGAUACACCUUGAAAUGAAAAUGUUGAAAUUGGGCCAAAUGUGUCAGAAGUGUAAUCACUUUUGUUAGAUACUGUUGUACUAACAAUUUUCUGGCCCAAAAAGUGGAAUUAGUAAACAAAAUGAUAUGGCACAGUUAUGCAAGUAUUGGCUUUCUUGUUUCAGUUUUUUAAACAAUAACAAAAUCUACCUCAUACGUGUUGAUGAUGUACGACGGAGUAUUAGGGCCACUCAGAGAAGGAAAAAAAAAAAGUACUAUGACUUUAAUUUCAUAAUAUUACGAGAGCAAAGUCAUAUGUCGUAUUAUUAAGAAAUUAAAGUCGCAAAAUUACAAGAUUAAAGUAUGUAGAAUUAAGGAUCGUUGCGUUACGAAAUAUGAAUGGAUGCAGUGCGGCUAAUUUAGCUAAAUUAGCUACUUUGUACUUUAUGUAGCGUUUUGUUCCAUUAAAAUGAACAAUACUGAUGUUAGCAUGUUUCACAAAUAAGGAAAUCGUUAAAUCUUUUAAAGCUCAUCAGCAUCAUAUUAUAAUCAAUACAAGGAAAUAUGCAUAAACACAUAUUAAUACUUAAUUGUAGCUCUCAGCAAAGGUAAAAUAAUUCACGCAGAUUUUUGUACUGCAUCCAUAUAUUUUACCUAAUGUAAAGAUAAGUAAAAUAACAACUUUAAUCUCAUGGUAAUAAGACUUUUUGUUGUCGUAAUAUUACGACUUUAAUCUUGCAGUAGUACAUAAAAUUAUGUAACAUUUUGACUUUUUUCUCAUGAUAGUGUGACUUUUAACUUGUUUUUAUUGUUUCAUCAUGUGGCCCUAACACUUUGGUAAUGACAAGAUGUGGUCUUUGCAACAACAACACAAAAAAGUAAUUUUUGAAUGUAUCAUUAACCCUUUCAUUGCAAUUGACGAUAAAGUAUGUCCAAUAAUGUGGCACUUUUCGUCCUUCUGUGGAUUUAAAUGACUUUCACUAAUAGACGUCCAAUCCAUUUGAAGUUGGAGGAAUGGCAGCAAAUGAACGCUGCCCCCCGUUCAAAUGGAUUGGACAUCUGCUGACCUUGGCAGGCAUUGAGUUAACGACUAAAAAGAGACUCGUACUGUGAAGUCUGUAAAUGUCAAACAGUUGCUUUGUUGUUUUAGUGAGCUUUUCUCACGCAGCAGUACUGGAGGUAUCCAGACGCAUACUUAACACAUUUUUCUAAUUUGUUGUCAGUGGAAGUGUCCACAAGCCUAAAAUGAAAAUGGCACCAUUUGAGGUGCGGCAAUUUCAUCAAUAGAUAUUCUCAGUUUGGUGUAGUCCUUCAUGAAAGAAUAUUGAUUACUGACAUAUUUAAUUAAAUGAAAACAUUUGAUAACAAUGAUAAAAAGAAGGAUAAAAAGUUUUUAUGCUUUUCUGAUGUGAAUCAAAGAAGUAACUGAAUAAUAAUUUGUGUUGGUCCAUUUUCCGCACUUUUAAUUUGAAAUAUUGUUUAAUAAGAAUUGUAUUUUUUUUUUAAUCAGAAGAUAAUAGCAACAUUAAUUUAAUAUUAAAUCGCCUUUAUUUAAAUCACUCAACACCAUUUGUUCAUUUACCAUGAACUAGGAAGUAAUCAAAUCUCUUGAACCAUGCCGAAAUGUUAUUACUAAAUUUUAGUGAACUUGUGAAAUAUUUGCCCACAAGGCUGAUGUUUUCCAAAAUGUAUGAAGUUUUGUAAUUUUUCAUGUCCUGUUUGGGUUUGUCUUGAUGGGACCGUUUGGGUCUUAUGCUGGAUGAUGGGGAGUUGAUGGUUAGGUGAUUCAUUUCCAAACAGGUGUCCAAUAAAAACAUUAAGAAUCUGAA